AUGCGUUCAUCUGCCUGGGUCCCCUUGACGGGGCUAGCAGCACUCGCCCAUGGAGCCAGCUUGAGCGAUAUCUGCACUACCAGCUACGCCACUACUGCAUUCCCGGCCACCGACCUCAUCCCCGGCAUCACCCUCGAUCCAUCGUCCAUCACCACCGCGCUCGUCACCAACAGCUCCGUCACGAGUGACUUCUACCCCUCCUCUGUCAUCGACUAUUGCAAUGUCACCUUCGCGUACUCGCACAAUGGCCGCGACGACCAGGUCUAUCUCCAGAUCUGGCUGCCCGACCCGUCCAUCUUCCAGAACCGGUGGUUGUCCACAGGGGGUGGUGGUUACGCGAUCAACUCCGGAUCCAGCUCUCUCCCUGGAGGCAUCAUCUACGGCGCCGCGUCGGGCCUCACCGACGGCGGCUUCGGAUCCUUCGAUACCAACGCCGAUGCCGCGAUGCUGCUGGCCAAUUACACCCUCGACUACGAGACCCUCUACAUGUUCGCCUACAAGGCGCACUGGGAACUCACCAAGAUCGGCAAGGCCUUCACCAGGAAUGUCUACAAUGUGACCGACGACGAGAAGCUGUACGCCUACUACCAGGGUUGCUCCGAGGGCGGUCGCGAGGGCUGGAGCCAGGUUCAGCGGUAUGGCGACGAGUGGGAUGGAGCUGCCAUCGGCGCCCCAGCCUUCCGGUGGAGCUUCCAACAGACGCAGCACCUAUGGAGCAACGUCGUCGAGCAAACCCUGGACUACUACCCGCCGCCGUGCGAGUUGGAGAAGAUCGUCAACGCGACCAUCACUGCGUGCGACCCGCUCGACGGUAAGACAGACGGGGUGGUGGCGCGCUCCGACCUGUGCGCGCUGCACUUCAACAUCAGCAGUCUGAUCGGCGAGGCGUACUCGUGCGCCGCGACGGCGGGCAGCCACUACUCAAGCGCGACGCCGGCGCAGAACGGCACGGUGUCGGCGCAGGGCAUCCAGGUGGCGCAGACGAUUCUGGACGGGACGCACGACUCGGCGGGCAAGCGGGUGUACUUUUCGUACCAGCCGGCGGCGGCGUUCGACGACGCGGCGACGCAGUACAACAGCACGACGGGCCAGUGGGGGCUGGAGAUCGACCAGCUGGGCGGCGAGCACAUCGGCCUGCUGGUGUACGAGAACGGAACGACGCUCGACAGCCUGGCCGGCGUCACCUACGACACCCUCAAGGACUGGAUGAUCUCCGGCCUCCUGCAGUACUACAGCACCCUGCAGACCACCUGGCCCGACCUGACCCCCUUCCACACCGCCGGCGGCAAGGUCAUCCACUUCCACGGCGAGGCCGACGCCUCCAUCCCCACGGCCUCCUCCGUCCGCUACUGGGAGUCCGUCCGCAGCGUCAUGUACCCGUCCCUGUCCUACAACGCCAGCGCCGCCGCCCUGAACGACUGGUACCGCCUCUUCCUCGUGCCCGGCGCCGCCCACUGCGCCACCAACGACGCCAUGCCCAACGGGCCCUUCCCGAACAAGAAUCUCGAGGUCUUGAUCGACUGGGUCGAGAAUGGCGUCGUGCCCGUCACGCUGAACGGCACCGUGCUGCAGGGCGAGAACGAGGGCCAGGAGCAGCCGAUCUGCGCGUGGCCGCUGCGGCCCCUCUGGAACGGGGACGAGUUGGAGUGUGUCUAUGACCAGGCUUCCAUCGAUACCUGGCACUAUGACUUGAAUGCGGUGCCGGUGCCGGUUUACUAA